CUUGUUCAGUUCCAAUUGCUUCACGUUCCGCGAACGGACAGUUUCUAUUGGAGAAGCAUAUCUUCAUCCCUUCAUUCAUAUCUUGUCAGAAGCGGAAUCAUCUUCGAAUAGAUUUUGUUUACGAAGGCUCGUGUUCUGAACUCGGUCUCAAUGCGCUUACUCUAUCAAGUUCGUUCCGAGUCUAACUUGCUUGUGGAUGGUGCUUACCAGAUGAAUCUGUCAAUAAAGGAGCUUAAUGCAGAUUCAAGAAUAGGAAGGCCACUAGAAAAACAGCAACUCACGCUAAAGGCUCAUGCUGAAACCAGCGGCUCGGUUUUGCCGCAACUAAAUAACCUGAAUUUAAAUAACAGUCGAGUCCAAAACAAGCUCCAGAACCAGGAUUUUCGAGCUCCGUCUACAGUGUCGCCUAACACAAUAGCAGCCGAUAGAUAUCAAUUUCAAUUCCUUGGACCCAAUUCUACGACCCAUGAAAUAAACGACCCCGACCUAAAUGUACAAAAAGGCAAACUAAGGCGAAACUUUGCUUUAAAAGAAGUCCGCUUCCGAAUGGAUAAAUGGAUCAAUCAAGAAGCAAAAAGAAUUCACUGUAAUAAAAUUGGCGCGGAAGUGAAAUGGCAGCAGGAGAAUUACUGUGAAAAGCAGGGACAUAGCAUACAAAACCGGCCUUUGAGUUCUUACCAGUCUCUGCCAAAUUUGUCAAAUAUCGCGGACACAGAGUCCGAGCGGAAUUUAGCUUCCGACAUCGGACAGGCUUACCAUCUGCAUAUGAAGGUGUCACAUAGGAUUAAUCUUUGGGAGCAGCGUAUUCACAGUUCGAAUUUCUAAUUUAUUUCCGCCAAAUACACUUCAUUGAUCGAACCACCGUUAUAGAACAGUGAAAUUGGGCUUUCAUCGAAAGGAUAUGGCAGGAUGUUGUAAGCCAGAACUAAAGAUUUUGAUCAUCCGUCUAUUAAUACAGACUAAUGACCAGGAAGUUGUAGGCAGAACGGUGAUACAGGAAAUAAAAUUAAGCGUUUUG